GGGAACUUGUAGGCACUGGGCAGAGAGCUAGACGGGGCACAAAGACCAUAGUAGUGCCCAUACACUGCCCGGACCAGGCCUGGGGACACCUGCCUGUGAAUAAGGUUUCCAUAUCUGCACGGAUAGAGCAUCACCGUCCUGUUCUUGUUCAGAGCCGAAGGCGAGUGCUGCACUGAGGCAAUGACAGCGUGGUGCCAACUUGGAUACGGUGCUGGCAGCUCCGGUGGGCAUGGCCCAUGUGCUGCAAUGGAUAUUGAGGCAUCGGGACAUCCUGGAAACUCCUGUACCCUGGCACUGUAAUCAUUGCCCUCCACAGGAAACAAAGGACUGUGCCACUGGAAGUACCCAAGCUGUGUGACCAUAGAAUGGCCUUCCUGAGGAGUACGUGUGCCAGUCUGCCCCCUGUGAUGGACAAUAGCCCCUGACUGACCUCUGGUGAGGUGGCAAGUCUCUAAUAAUGGAGGUAAGAUCUUUACAGCUUUCUGACCCCUUCACCCUUGACCCCCCUGGCCUUUCUUCUGAGAUGCUAGGGGUGGCAGAGGAAGCCUUCAAGGCUGGUAACUUUGAACUGGCAGCAGAGAUCUACGGGUCUCAGCUAGACGAGCUGCCCCAGCCGGAGAGAUCUUUAUAUCUGAAGAAAGGGAAGGCUUUGGCUUUGGCUGGACGAGUUGCAGAUGCUUUGGCCUCUUACACAAGGGCGGCAUCUCUACACCAGCUUUGUCCAGAGGAGCUUGGCAUACUGGUAGAAAGCAUCGCCCAGAACAUCAGAGAGAAAGAACUAAAAUUACCAUGUGCCAAGAAGAAGAGUGAGAAUGAAGGGAAUCAAGGAACAGAACCCACCUGCCCUAAAGGCAACCCUCCAAACCCUGAGCAAUCCCUGGAAUGUGACCUCUUCUCCUGCCCAGCCUGCGGGCUUCUACUACUGGAUCCGGUCACUUUAAAUUGUGGUCAUUCUUUUUGUAAGAGAUGCGUGUGUGACAGAAAAUCAUCUGAAUGUAGCAGCUGCACCAAUAGAAUAAAACGCAAAGCGGAGGGGUAUGAAGCACCUUGUGUGGACCUGAAGGUUGAUGUGGUCUUGGGGAACUUGAUAGAGAAGUGGUUCAGCGUGGAGACCAAUGUACGGAGAUUGUCCUCUGAAGGAGAUGCACUGUGGGAGAACAAUGACUUGAUAGCUGCAUUAGAAAAAUUCGACACGGCUUUGGAGCUGGCUCCCCGUGACUCCCUGUUAACAGUGCAAAGAGCUCAGCUCUACUCGGCCAUGAAGAACUUCAAGCAAGCCCUUAAUGAUGCUGAGAUGGUCUGCAGAAAACAACCACUCUGGCCUAAGGGACAUUAUGUCAAGGCAGAGGCGCUUUCCGCACUGGGGAGGACGGAGGAGGCUUUGAAGGAGUUUCUGCUUUGUGUUGCCUUAAACCCGGAAUGGAGUUUAGUGAAGUUGGAAGCACAAAAGCUGAUGUGUGAAAUGCUGUUUCCAGCCUUUGAGAAUGUCCAGGCCAGUCUUACUGCCCGCGUUCCAGCCCCAUAUAAUAGAUUGAAGCCUGUGUCUUUAAACGGUCCAAACAGCUCUCCUUCUGUGGAUGAUUUACCUCUGCCAGGAGGCUCAAAGGACCCUGUGUUCAGACUAACCAAAGCCUCGUUUCCAAAAUCUGAUCUGCUUGAAAUGAAGAAUGUUGUAGACUGUUCUGAUAUAUGUGACCUGCCAGAUGACAAAGCAACAAAGACCCUUGGAAGCGUCCUCUCUUGCCUUCCUGGAGUAGGUGUGAAGAGAAAACGUGCCCGCACCUCUGAAGAUGUUCAGAGUAUUGAGCUCCCUGCCAAAGUCAUCAGGAAUGAUGCCGAAUCCCAUUGGGAAGAGCCUACCUCACACUUGUUAAGAGAGGUCCCCAAAGAUUUGCUGGAUUCUUCAGAUUUUGAGUGUUCUCUCUGCAUGAGGUUAUUUUAUGAGCCUGUAGCCACUCCAUGUGGGCAUACAUUCUGCCUCAAAUGCCUUGAGCGUUGCCUGGACCACAACCCUCACUGUCCCCUCUGCAAGGAAAAUUUGUCACAGUACCUCGCAAGUAGAGCUUACAAGAAGACAUUUCUGACAGAAGCGAUAAUUAUACGUUACCUACCAGAAGAGCUAAGUGAGCGAAAGAAACUGUACGAUGAGGAGAUGAAAGAGUUAUCAAACUUGAAUAAAGAUGUUCCAAUAUUUGUGUGUACCAUGGCCUUCCCAACAAUUCCUUGCCCGCUGCACGUGUUUGAGCCUCGGUAUCGACUAAUGAUAAGAAGAAGCAUGGAGACAGGAACAAAGCAGUUUGGGAUGUGCAUAGCUGAUGAACUGAAAGGAUUUGCGGACUAUGGUUGCAUGUUACAAGUGAGAGAUGUCCAGUUUUUCCCCGAUGGCCGUUCAGUAGUGGAUACAAUAGGCCUGAGCAGGUUUAAGGUCUUGAGCCAUGGACAAAGAGAUGGAUACAACACUGCAAAUAUUGAAUAUCUUGAAGAUAAAAAGGUUGAAGGACAAGAAUAUGAAGAGCUUCUCAUAUUACACAAUUCCGUGUAUGAUCAAGCCCUGGCCUGGUUUUCCUCUCUUAAGGACAAUCUGAGGGCACAAAUUCUCAACCAUUUUGGGUCAAUGCCGAGCAAAGAUCCAGAUCCUCAGUCUAACUCAAGUGGUCCAGCCUGGUGUUGGUGGAUGCUAGCAGUGCUGCCCCUAGAAAACAAGGCUCAGCUUACAAUCCUGGCCAUGACAUCUUUGAAAGAUCGCCUACAGGCCAUCAGACGAGUCUUAUUAUUUGUUACUCGUAAAAGACCCAGAUGACAGAAGUUUUCGUCUGAUGUUGUGACUUCAUCAAAUUAUUAUUAAUAAUAUAUUUUUUAUUUUAAGGAAACCUUUUUUUUUCUCUGCACUGAGGAACACUUUUUUUAGAUUCCUUGUUUUGGAAUUGACCUGAACUCUUUCUGUGAAAAUACCAUGCAGUGAAUGAACAACAUUGCUACCUGGUUUAUCUUGCCUCCAUGCACUCUGCCGGUGUUUGACUAUCAUCAGAUGAUCAUUUGAUGGCUACCAAAUCACCUGGAGUGCCUUUGUAUGGACACAAAUGAAAUCUUGCAACUUAUACUGUAUGUUAUCUAUGUAUUUUCACAUUCUGCUGCAUUUUCAAAUGUGUUGCUAUUACACAAUAGGUAUGGAAUAUGCAUAAACUGAGGGUGGGAGAGACCAAACAGUGACCACUAUGCAGCUGUGCAACAGCCACGUACUUAACUAGGGCAUGCAACAAGCAGAUUUUAUCCCAGUAUAAAAAAGGAUCAAAUAUUUAGUACAUAUAAUUAUUUAAAAAGGAGUAUUCCUAACUCUUCUAACAAGAUUUUGUGGAGCAGAGGCACUGAUCAGAAGCCUACGGAAGCACUACGAAGCGUAUCUGUGGGGUUUUCGCCUUCGCACCGCAAAGAAAAUAGAACAUGCUCUAACAUGCACUUUGCGGCCCACAGCACGUGCACUGAGCAGUUACGCUCGUGUGCAUGAGCCCUAAAGCAUAUGCACUCUUUGAUUCAGUGCAUAAAUAUAAACAUAAAAAGAAAGCAGAAGUCUUCAUUAAAAAGUUCUUAGCGCUUGGCAUAUACAGCUCCAGUGCAGGCUUUUGUGUCGCCAUAGUUACAGACUACAAAUAUACCCAGUGUGCAGUCUGAUCCUGUAGUCAUGUGUUGUCUUUCUUCUCCACCCAUUUUUUGCCAACAUACAGACAGUUCUAGAAGGGAGUUGAAUAAACACAUGACUGAAAGAUCAAACCACAAAAA